UUUAAGUGUUAGGUUUUUAUGGUCAAUUUUUGGUAAAGCAAAACAUAUUCUAGAGAAGUUUGAACAGACAUUGUUACGAAAAAGUUUGAACGGACAUGAACGAUAAUGUGCCAAUUCUGUAACAGCUUUGUGAAAGUAGUAGAUCCACGACAUUCUUUUAAAAGGGUGAUAAAGUGGAUAAUUCUUUCAAUAGUUUAUGAGAAUAAAGUGGCACAGCCUUAUAUAGAAGAGGGAACUUUAAACAGUAUGGAAUAAUAUCAAGAUAGAAAAGGGAGUUGUUGGAUCUAUGAUAUCGAACAAUGUGGACGUAAGUAGCAUAAAUAACGUGGGAAGUUAAGUUGUUGAACAAAGAUGAUUAUGAAAAAGGUAACUGUUUAAAUAAUAUACAUUUCUAUUACUUUAUCGUCAAAAUUAUACCAGCAGGUAAGAGAAUGUUAAUUAAAUAGACAAUAUAUAAUGUGUGAUUAGCGUAGAACAGAAUUUAAAGAAAAAUAUAACAGAACAAACAGAAUCAGAAUAGAAUGUUGAUUAUGAGUCUAUGACUAUAAUAAAUAAAUCGCAUAGUAGUAUAGGGCACUAUUUCAUUUUUAUUUGGAUUGGUGAUUUAUACCUUAGAUGCAUCAUGCAAUAUUAUCAGCGGUGGCUGGAAAUUAUAGAUAGAAAAGCCCAAAAUUAUAUAAUUUUAAAAACAAAAUAUAUACACAUUAUAUAAUCUUUGACUCGUUUUUCUAAUAUUAAGAGGUAUUGAAACGAUCGAGAAAAUAAAAUUGUACUGAUCUAUAAACGUUGUUUCUGCUUUAGAUCUAGCUUUUUCGUUUUGUAAUCAGCUUGUUGUUUUCUCCGGUGUAUCAGAGUUUUGCUAUGUUCUUCUACCCAAAUUUGGUUGAAAGUUAAAUUGAUAUAAAAAAAAUUCAUAAAACAUUCGCAUAGUAUCUCUUAAUAAUUUCUAAGAUCCGUUCUCUGAAAAAGGUCAUAAUAAAUAAGUAGAAAACCAAAAGGACAAACUGCAUGUGGUAUAUCAGGUAUAGGCUGUAUAUAUACAAAUAAAAUUCUUUAUGAAUUUGUUCUACAAAUGCUUUAAUUUAAUUUAAUUUAAUUUUUUUCGUCUUAUUGAAAACAAACAUGCAUGCUAAAUUAUUGGUUGAAUCGGGACAAGAUAUUAGUAAAAAACAAAAAAAGGCCUGACCGCGCGCAUGGUGGCCGAGUGUCCACUCAAAAUGCUUUACUCUCAUAUGGACUCCUCACUCCCAUAUCUAGUCUUCACUCUCUUCCACGUUCUUUACUUCCGAGAAGAUGAUAGAAAGAGACGACACAUCAAAAGGUAUAGAGAAGGCGAAGAUUCCUCUGUUAAGGGAUCAAUAUGCGGCGGAGGAGGAAGACGGAGAAAUAAAGAGAAAGAUAUGGAUAGAGACCAAGAAGCUAUGGCGUAUAGUUGGACCGGCCAUAUUCUCCAGAGUCUCGACAUACUCAAUCCUGGUCAUCACUCAGGCCUUCGCCGGCCACCUUGGCGAGCUCGAACUAGCCGCCAUAUCCAUCGUCAACAACGUCAUCAUCGGCUUCAAUCUAGGCCUCCUUCUUGGAAUGGCGAGUGCGUUGGAAACGCUGUGCGGUCAAGCGUUUGGAGCUAAGAAAUAUGAUAUGUUGGGAGUGUAUAUGCAGCGUUCUUGGAUUGUUCUCUUCUUAUUCGCCACCUUUCUCCUUCCUAUGUACUUAUUCGCGUCUCCAAUUCUUAAGUUCUUCGGUCAGCCUGAAGACAUCGCCGAGCUCUCCGGUGUCAUCGCCGUUUGGGCCAUUCCUACACAUUUCGCGUUUGCCUUCUAUUUCCCUCUCAGCCGAUUCUUCCAAUGCCAGCUCAAGAAUAGGGUGGUUGCAGUUGUGUCUGGAGUGGCACUUGUAGUUCACAUAUUUGUGUGCUGGCUUUUUGUAUACGGUCUUAAACUUGGAGUCAAAGGGACCAUGGCUACUAUUAAUGUGUCGUGGUGGCUCACUGUCUUAAUGUUAUUUGCUUAUGCAACUUGCGGCGGUUGCCCGCUCACUUGGACCGGUUUCUCCAUGGAAGCUUUCACCAGACUAUGGGAAUUUGCUAAGCUCUCCACGUCCUCCGGUGUCAUGCUUUGCUUGGAAUAUUGGUACUAUAGGAUUUUAAUCGUGAUGACUGGAAAUCUAAAGGAUACAAAAAUCGCUGUCGACUCUUUGUCUAUAUGCAUGUCGAUAAAUGGCUUGGAAAUGAUGAUUCCACUUGCUUUCUUUGCGGGGACCGGCGUACGAGUGGCGAAUGAGUUAGGAGCUGGCAGUGGAAAAAGAGCAAGAUUUGCAAUGAUCACAUCAGUAACACAAUCGUUAAUCAUCGGAAUAAUAUUUUCGGUGCUUGUAGUAUUUUUUCAUGAUCAAAUAGGCUGGAUUUUUUCUUCAAGUGAAACUGUCAUAGAAGCAGUCAAUGAUCUCUCUAUUCUUUUAGCGUUCACGAUUCUUCUCAACAGUAUCCAACCGGUUCUUUCCGGUGUUGCGGUUGGUUCGGGUUGGCAAUCAUUCGUGGCAUAUAUAAACCUGGGAUGCUAUUAUUUCGUUGGACUUCCACUAGGAUAUGUCAUGGGCUGGAUUUUCAAGUCUGGUGUCAAGGGCAUUUGGGCUGGUAUGAUAUUCGGAGGAACCGCCAUUCAAACAUUGAUUUUGAUUUCUAUUGUUAUGAGAUGUGACUGGGAGAAAGAGGCACGAAAAGCAAGUAUGCGCAUUCAGAACUGGUCUGUCUCGGAUGCAACCAAAAAAAGCGAAGAGGACCCGAGACAGAAGGACUAGACAUUGCGCAGGGGAAACCAGUAAGCGGCAUACAAUUUCUACUUGCAUUUCUCUGUUUUUUUCGGUUUGCAUAUGCAUUGUCCCCUCUCUUUAAGGCUUCCCUGAGCAACACUCGUCCUUUGUUUUAUUGAAUGAAAAUUCAGCGUUAAAACAAUCAUUUCAAUCACA